GAUAACCCUUGAGUGGUGCGGUUCAUAAUUAUGGAAAAGGACAAGGUAGAAGUAAUUUUUGACAAAGCUGUAAUAACCAAACCAACCGACGAUACCUCUUUUCAAGACGAAUGUUUCAAAAUUUUUGGGAAAAUGAAAUCGCCAUUCAUUAACAACGAGGAGGAACCAGGCCUUAGUCCAGCCCUUUUAUUCAUAUCUAAAACGACGUUCACGGCCUACGCUUGCGUCUUUAUUUGGUCAUUCUUGCUUAAUAAGAAUUACUACAAAACGAGAUUCUUAGAUAGGAACCAAAUAACCUUGUUCGAAAGUAAUAUUCAAGCUAAAAGGAAACUCAUGGAUAACAUGAUUUUGGACAAUUCACUGCACGCUUCCAGGCAAGCCAUGAAAAACACCUUCUUUCUCGGUUCAAUGCUUUUUGGUAGUUUUGCCAUCUCUGGAUACAGAGAAAAGCACUGUGCUUCAAAUUUUGCAAUGGCAAGUGGAAUCGUGGGAGCUUUAACUAGAAUAAAACUUGGAAUGAGGGGUAUGCUUGUAGCUGGUGGUUUAGCAACCGUCUUAGGAUACAUAGGAGGAAAUUUCAUAAUAUUAUUAUUGAAAACAAAGAACACAAAUUUAGAGGAAUGGGAUGAUCAAUACAAACAGCAAAUCAACAAGCAAUGUUCAACCAACGAUGUGCAACCAACGAUGUUUCAUAAACGAUGUUCGAUAAUCGAUUCAACAAACGAUAAUCAGAUGGCCAAACAAAAAAUCUCAAGAUAUAUGAACAAAUGACUAAUGGAGCAAUUGAGAAACAAAUGACUGGAAGUGAAGAUAAGAAACUGAGGAA